UGUACAUUUGUCGGACUGCACGUCUGAAGAACACAAUGUGACUGCAAAUUCCGGCAGUUUAUCAGUUUACAGGCUUUAGUCUGAGAGAAGAAUCUCUAAAGUCUGUCAUCAUGAGCUCCUGACGUCUGUCUGUUCGUUCAUCAUCAUGAGUGGUGCUGCGCUGGCUGUCGUGGUCGUAGUUGUCUUCUUCUUGGCCCUCUACCUCCUCCAGCGUUAUGGAGAUUUGCGGAAGCAGCAGCGGAUGGUCCUGUUCGGGACGCUGCUCUCCUGGUUCCUCUGCUUCCUCAUCAUCUUCAUCCUGCCACUCGAUGUCAGCACGACCAUCUACAAGCAGUGUGUUCUUGACAAUUCAAACCACCCUACUCCUGUAACUCAAGCAAGACGCACUCAUCAGACCGCAGCCAGCCCAUCUCUUUAUCCAUCUGUGAGUGUACCAAAGGUGUGUGAGGAGCCCUGGAGUUAUAUCCCAGAUGGCGUCCUACCAGUUUUUUGGAGAGUUGUAUACUGGACUUCUCAGUUUCUUACUUGGCUGCUGUUGCCCUUCAUGCAGUCUUAUGCACGGUCGGGAGCUUUCUCCAGAGUUGGAAAGAUUAAAACGGCUCUCAUUGAAAACGCCAUCUAUUAUGGCACUUACCUCCUUAUCUUCAUCUCUCUGCUCAUCUACGUGGCUGCUCACCCACAGUGGAAACUCACAUGGACGGAUCUCCAGACCAUCUGUAUAACAGCUGCCAACACCUGGGGCCUCUUCCUUCUGGUGCUGUUGCUAGGCUACGGUCUGGUGGAGAUCCCUCGUUCUUAUUGGCUCUCAUCUUCCCAUGGUUACCUGCUGGCCAAGACCUAUUUUAAGGCAGCAAAAAUGGCUACUGAGAAGGCAGCAGCCGAGGAGAACCUAGCAGAUGUUAUGGAGGAGGUGGCAGCUGUCCAUAAAUCUGUCAGGUACAACCACUCUCUCAGGAAGUGUGUGGACACCAUUUUGACAAAGUGUCCCACUGAGUACCAAGAGGAGAUGGGAAGAAAUGGGGAAAGCUCUUGUGAGGAACAGAAUGUCCUUCCCACCAAAAGAGGACUAGUUAAGCUUCAUAAAAAAGUCAUUUCUGCAGUGCAGAGACACGGUCAGACACAGGUUCAGUGGUCCAUCUUGUUAGACCAGGCUUUUCACCUGGAAGAUGUAGCUAAAAGUCAGAGCAGCCCGGUACGACACUUUGUCCACAGCUUCCCCUCAGCGCACCACCACGGCUGGAUCUGUAGGUUCAUCUACACUCCUACUGUGGAGUGGUUCUGGGAGUGUGUGUUCAGGCAGGGUUCCUACAGGCUGUUGGCAGUGCUCCUGGGUCUCCUCUCUGCAGCAGUGGUCUGGUCUGAGUGCACCUUCUUCAGCACACACCCUGUCCUCUCUCUCUUCGCUGUCUUUAUUCAGAUGGCUGAAAAACAAUACAACUACAUUUGUAUUGAGAUGGCGUGCUUUAUCAGUAUCCUCUUCCUGUGUGUGUGCGUCUACUCCACAGUGUUCAGGAUACGAGUUUUCAACUACUAUCACCUGGUGCCACAUCACCAGACGGAUGCUUACAGCCUGCAGUUCAGCAGCAUGUUGUUUUGUCGCCUGACUCCUCCUUUGUGCCUCAACUUCCUGGGCCUGAUUCACAUGGACUCCGCCAUCUCGCACCAGGACAGAAUUCAGACAUCCUACACUUCUAUCAUGGGCUCUAUGCAUCUUCUAUCUUUCAUAUCUGAUGGGUUCUACAUCUAUUAUCCCAUGCUGGUUUUGCUGCUUUGCUUUGCCACCUUUUACAACCUGGGCUCUCGCUGUUUGAACCUCCUGGGCUUCCAUCAGUACAUCACUGACGAUGACUUGACCUCUGACCUGGUGGAUGAAGGCAGGGAACUCAUCAGAAGAGAAAGAAGGAAAAGACAGAAAGCUGAAGAUGGAGAAAAUCGGAGAUGGGCCUGGAGGGAGCGGUAUGGAAUCCAUGGGACCGCUGGACGGAGCAGAGCUGAUUACACUGAGUUAAAGGAUGACAGUCCUGUAACAGAGAUCAAGAAAAGUGUUAUCACGUUCACCAGAAGAGAUGGAGAGACAGACGAGCAGCAGACUGGUUUACUGCAAGACAACUCCAGUGAUGAAGGCUCUCCAAACAGAAGAUCUACAGGAGGACGUUACCUGUCUCUGUCACCUUCUAGCACGGGCAUCUUUGAAGAUGUUUGAUUGACCGAGGACAUGGAAGGAAAGCAUAAAUAAUAACAUAAAGGACUGUAUAUUUUCUUGGAAAAAGUCUAAACGCAAAGGAUUAUACCUCAGGAAUUAAAGAGGAUGACAAUGUAUCUGAGAUGUGCAUAUUAUCAGGUAAUGGAUGAACAUGAACACUGUAAAUAAAGGUUUUAUAUCAGCUGAUUUAUGUAACUGGUUUAUAGAAAGAGAUUGGUAACUCUAAAGGGAUGUUUUUCAACCAAAGACAUAACCAGUUUUUGUACAACCAAACCUUCUUGAUAUUAUCUUUCGAGUUGUGUUUCAUAAGUAGACUGAAGGAUGAAAGAGAUGAGUGAAACAUUUGUGCACGUGUAGUAGCUGUGGUCAGAUACUAUUAUCAACCUAUGCAUUAGGUAUACCACUUAUCCUUUGAGGAUCACAGAGGGGCCGCUGGAUCCAAUCCCAGCUGACAUUGGGUAAGAGGCGGGGUACACCCUGAACAGGUCGCCAGUCUAUCACAAGACUAGCAUAUAGAGACAAACCAUUCCCACAGAGAGAACAUGCAAACUCAACACUGAGGGGCCCAGGCAGGCCAGUAGGUUCAAACCCAGAACCGUGCUGCUCAACACUCAUUAUAUAUGUGGAAAUUCAUUGUUUUCCAAAUAUUGAUACAUUUUAUAUAGGAAUUAAAUAGCUUACUGUGCCACAAACCAAAUGAAAACAGUUUACAUUUACUCAAAGGGAAGAUAUUAACAUUAACCUAAUUUUUUUCUUGUUGAAAGUUUUGUGUUUAUGGAGUAUUUGUUUACCAUAUUUACUAAACAACAUGACUUGUAUGUAAUACAUGCAAUGUAAACUAAACUGAA